AUGGAUGAUUUGGAGGCAGCAACUGGCAUCGACGACUACUGCAUGAACAUUUAUCUUAUCCAGGCCUUGUCAGGAAACCUUACUGCGUCCCUCAGCAAGUAUCAAGACCUUUUGGACGACGAUUACGACCAGAAGUUUGGCUGGUAUGAGGAGGCGGUUAGAAAAUCUGCCCCCGACAAUCUGCAGUCCUUUUUGAAGGCAAAUGACACCCUAUAUUUCGAUUGCAUUCAAAGUGGAGAUGUAGAUAGCUUCAAGAACCACACAGACAAAGGUUGUGUUCAUGACAAGGGGCUCGGCGAUUCAGUCAACGUGUACUGGAGCGUCUAUAAUAAAACACAAUUCGAAAAUGAUCUCGCGGCAAAAACAGGAAUUUCAUCAAUGACUCCAGUGAGAUAUGGAUGA